GCCCGGACCUCCAAUCAUUACACUAUCUCAUACAGCACCCGCCUUCCUAGCUCCUCCGUGCGAUGCCGUCAGCCCCUCGCCCCUACACGAAUGCCCGGCAACGCCUGCGAGGGAACAGCGGACAAAGCGCAAACAGACACGUGUUUGGUAUGGACCGCGCGCAGAGAGCCGAUGCAAGCCGUGUGUGUUUCUUCUUACUUGAUUGUGGCGUCUGUGAGUUCUCCUCAUACGGAUGCAUCCCCCACGUAAUCAGGGCCUGUGCCAUUGGCAGGUCCUUCCUGGCCUCCUCGUUGCGUCCGGCCCCUCUCCCUUCCUCCCACUGGAGCCGCUUCUCCACCGCCCCCAGCAGCCACUUCCACCUCUGCAUGGCGCUCGCCUCCGUUGCCACCCUCUGCAGAUCGCUGACCGCCGUGGCCAUGUGAGAGUUGGCGGCCGUCCGCAUCUUGUGCGCCUCCUGCCUCACGGGACCGGCGAAGUGCCGCUCGUACAGCGACUCGGGGUGGCCAACGGCUUCGCUGAAGAACCACCCCUCUUCGCCGUAAAGCUGCCAGCUGUGCCGGCCCUCGAGAGGAUCCAUGUGCAGCGCCAUGAGUGUGGCUGCCGCCAGCGAACAGACGGAAUAGCCAUCCGCCUUUCGGCUGAACGGGCCGCGGUAGGAUGGCGCCGUGGGUUGGGGUGCCGCGCUGGUGCUGCUGGUGCUGCUGUCGCGAAUGGCGGCCUCCAUGAGGGCGGCGACCCGUCGGAUGGCGGCGGGGUCG